AUGGGCACCUGCACAAUUGCAGCUGCUAAAGAAGACCUCAUUAGCCAAUUCAAACCUUUUGGAAGACAUGUCUACAACAUCCGGUGGAAGUUUAAAGAACUUAGGCACCUGAAAGAUAGCCUAGAGCAAGGGAAGGUGAUCGUCGAUGAAGGGGUUUCCAAAAAUUUCCAGGUUAAACAUCAAAGAGUGGUAAUGGCUGCCCAUUGGUCAAAUGAAAUGGCUACAGCUGUGGUGUACUAUGUUAUAUGCAGUUUUUUCUCAUGAGCUAUGCCAGGACAAGGUAAAUGCUUAUGUAUUCAACGGUGCCAUUCUGGAAAAACUGAAGGAGGUAACUUCAGUCAAGACUGUUCUUUACAGGAGUGAUGGAGCAGGGUCACAGCUUAAGAAUCGUUACAACCUGGCAAGCUUACUCUACCACGAGAAAGACUUCAACUGCAAGGCCACAUGGAACUUCUUUGAAACUGUUCAUGGCAAGGGUCCAGUAGAUGGAGUGGGUGGAGAAGUAAAAAGAUCAGUGUGGUGGGCAAUCCUGCAAAGCAACACAGUAAUCACAAAUGCAGAAAACUUCUUUUAA